GACACACCAGGAAGGCUCCCAUUAGGUGGUGACAUCCAGCAUAAGGACCUGUCAAUCACUUUCUUUAACCUGCACAGAGAACCAAGAAAACUCAGAAUCAUCUGGAAAGCUCUUUGCUCAUCUUGAUACAAAGUGGAAAGAACUGUCUACAACAUGGCAUCUCAGAUACCAGCGCUCCCACAGUCCUACACUCCAGGAACUGACAGUGUCUUCUCCGACCAGUCUGGCUUCUACUCUCUGGACUCCAAUGUACCUGGACUCUCCAAGAUGAUUCUCAACAAACUCAACAUGAAGGACUAUGGAGAAUACAGGGCUGCCGUUGAGGGAAAAUCUAAAGGAAUCGCAUUUCGUAACUACAAGGAGAUGUUCCAGAAGAUGGAGGACACCUUCAAGUUCUGCACCGGCUGUAAUAAACUCCCAGAGCAUCUCACAGAGGGACAGACACUGAAACGCUGUGUGAAGUGCUUGAAUGUGUACUACUGCACAAAGGACUGUCAGAAAAAGGAUUGGCCUCAGCACAAAAAAGUCUGCAAGACACUGCGACUGGUGGCCAUUGACAGACUAGUAGAGUGGCUGAUGUUCACUGGUGAUCUUCCACUCCCCACUGAGAAGUGGUCUAAGUCAGUUUCUGAGGUGAAGACCUGGGAAGACUGGCUGCCCAUGCAGGGGGACCUCACAUUGCGUUUGGAUGCUGUCCUGUCUGGUGCCAACAUGACAACACUUUGGGAAAAUGUCAGCAGGCCAAGGCCAGAUGAUGCUGACUUGAGACAGUCCCUAUGGCGAAUUCAGAGCGAGUUCCUUUCUCGAGUUCUCACAGUUGGGAUGGCUAUACAACACUUCGGUCUGGACCCAAAUGCAAAACCACUUACUAUUCACCUGGGGGGGGUGUCCCACAAUGAGACCAUGGGAGCCAGAUUGUCUGACUAUGAUGAGCUGAACCACAUGUUCCCUGGACACCAGGGCAUAGAGGUAGUAAUGGUGGGACCAGAGGUGGUAGACGGCCCCAUCAUGAGACCUCCUCUUAGAGCGUUUGGUCCCAGGCAGAGGGUCUUCAUCAGUGCUUAUAAAGGCCUCUAUCACCAGUUUUGGGAGGAUAUGGUGGAGAAAGAAGAUGCAGCCAAGCCAGACUUGGUGGUUGGAUUUCAUCCUGGGUUCCACGCUAACCAGGGUCUGGUAGAAGGUUGGCUACCUACCCUGCGGCUCCUCAGGGACUAUAACAUCCCUUCUUUCUUCACCAUGUACAGUGAGAUGGAGCUCAAAUACUCACUGCAGAUCCUGCUGGAGCUGGAGAUGCACAUUAGACAAAGAGGACCCAAUCCAUUCACCUCCCAGAAACCAGAGCAAGUCCAGGCUAAUCCUAACAAACCCCCAGUCUACUGCAACUCUUAUUACAUCUGUUUCCAGGGACUGCUGCCUCGAGAAGACUUAGAGGGACCAGGUGCAGACGGUUAACAGCUCAUCAUGAAGCCCAUCAAGGAAAAUUGGGACUUGUUAAAAUACAGCUUUCCAAACAGACUCUGAAAGAUGUGGACAACAAUGAAGUUGAUUAAGCUGAAAAAGGCACUUAGACUCCGGCAGUUUUCUUUUUCUAAUAAACACCAUCUUUUGAAAUGUGGUUCACCUAAUUAAUAAAACAGAUUAAAGAAAUCACUCAAAGCUAAUAUUGUUUAAUAAUGUCAUCAACGGGGCACAAAGGUUUCUCCUCUGUCGGUGCCCCAGGGUGACACAGUUGUUGGAUAUGAAAGGUCAUUGUUAUACAGAUAUAAUGAGACCAAAAUUAGUUCUGUCAUCAUUUAAUGGCUUUCUGUGAUUUGUUCUGUGGAUAGACCAAUUCCCAAAUCUCACAACAGCUGCAUGAACCCUGAUCAUAUGCAUCCGAAAUUAAACCAAUUAUGGAGUUCCACAGAACUGGAGCUUUUGUUUAAUGCAUUUUUGUUUAAUUUUUUUUUAAAUCAGUGCUGGAUUUGAAUGUUAGGUCUAGUUUGAAAUGCUGUUCGGCUGGUGUAAAUGAGCAUUGUUACGUUUGUGACUCCUUGUUCUGUGAUGUCUUCUUUAAAAUUCAAUAAUAAGACAAUGUAAAGCUUCCUGACAUUUAAUGAAUGUACCAUGAAACUAUUUUAGGACCCUGAAUGACUGGAUUGCUUUGUCUUUUUGAUAAUAUCUUUUGGUGUUUUGAUAUUGCAGUGGGCAAAACUGGAAGUGUGGCAUUAUAGGAACCAAGACUUGGGCCACUGGGGAAAACAAACAGCAUGAGCCACUGUGUUCAAAAU